UUGAACUUUAUAGGUAUCCCGUAGAUUCCGCUUGUCGGCUUGUCAAGGAGCGCGCGCGAUUUUCGAGUUCUUCCGCAACUCUUCGGACUCGAUGCCAGAACGUGGCAGGAAGAAGUCGUUGUUCCCUUUGCCAAGGAUUCACGAUUAAGGUAAACUACUUGCUAUCAUAUUUAAAAAGCACACUCUUUCGUUGAAAUUUCAAUACAAAAAAAUCUUUCACUUAUACAAAUGUACGACAUUUAUUUUAUUACAAAUUACUUCCUAACGAUAUCUCGUUCAUUGGAACGCAAAUAAAAUUGCAACGCAAAUAAAAGUUAACAGAUUAGAGAUACGAAAUUUAUAUUUUUUCAAUUAAUUAAAAUAUGAAAAUGAAAAUUAUGAUUACGACUUUUUAGUAUUGCAAUUUCGAUAAAUCAAGUAUCAUACUUCUUUUUCAUCUAUUUGUCAUAUCGCGAUUGAAUACUUCGUUCAAAGACGCGUCGAGUCGUGACGAAAAUGGUGAAGCUGUAACCAAAAAUGAAUAUUUCGUUUUCAAAAAUACGAGAUGACUGAUGAAAAAGAAAAAAAAUCACAAAAUUAUCGCUGAAAAUGAUUAAGAAUUAAAACUGUUAUGUAAUUAAUCAAUUCUUAAUUAUCUAAACAUUAAAUUCAUACUGUUUUCUGCUGACAGAAUUUUAUCUCAAUGUUAUUUAUUUAUAACUUUUUAUACAUUAUAUAAGUUCUUUAUAAAAAACAUUGUUUUUGAAAUAAGUGAACUUAUAUAACUUUGCAAGUCCUCUUUACCUUUAAUCCAUAUCCUUCAGACGUCAGAAUUCUUUCUGAAGUUAAGAAAAUCUUUUUGCAAAUCUUUUUGUCUAUUUUAGAAGAGAUUACUAUAAAGAUAAGAGGGAAAUUUUAUCCUCGAGUUGAGAAUACAAUUUCUUCUAUGUUUAUAUACGUAUUUAUAAUAUAUUAUUGUACAGAACAACACACACAAACGAGUUCGCGCACGCGCGCAGACGCACGCACACACGCAGGCACGCAUCGAGUGAUUAUUAUCGAGUGAUUACAGAAAAAUGAAGUAAUAAUUUAUCUAACAAUGUCUGCAAUUCUAAAUUAGUCCGGUUUUCGAUGCCAUUUCUUCUUCGUCAGGCCUCGUAUGUCGCAAGGGGUCGCGUUUUCGUUUCAAUAUCAUUGAAGAAGCUGAUAACACUUAGAGCCGUUAAAGGGACACUUGAAAGUGUUGGGGAAAAAAAAAAAAAGUACGUAGGCGUCCCCGUGGAGGCGUUUUCGUCACGACCCGAUACGCCGUGAGGAGAAAGGAAAAGACAUGACACUUCGAUCAGACGCCUCUCGCAUCCCGCCGAUCGUGAAGCUAAAGUGUCAGGCCGGAUCUCGUUGAAGUCGAUCGACCGCCGUCGAGCGCGAUCGCGAUCGCGGAUCGGCCGGUCUCUCUCUCUUGCCUUGGAGAAAAAGAGUUACCGUCUCGUGAAAACGACGUUCGCCCCGCAACGUCGCCGUGGUGCGAAUAAAUCGUCGCUUCUUCGCAAGUCAGUUCUCAUUCAAGGUGUCCGUGAACAAUGCCGGAUGACGCUAAGGCACUUGUUGCCUUAUUGACGAUCACAACGUGAGCGGUCAGUCGUGAUCCGCGGAUCAUCGGGGAGAUAAUGAUUACAGAACAGACCUGGAGCAUGAUGCUGGACAGCGAUGUCACGGGCAUCAACGAGUCGAGCAUUUCGCCGAGGAAACAGUUAUGGAUCAAGGCGGUGAAGAAACUGACAUCCGAGAGGCUGGGCCGGGAGGGACUGGCGGCGUGGGAGGACCAACGGAAGUCUAACGGGGGACCGGAUCCGGAAAUCGCUGCCGGAACGAAGGACGUCGACGAGGAGACCGAUGAGAAUGCCGAGGGCGCGAAAACGGAACCGGAAGCUAUCUCCGCGGCGGAGCAGACCGCAGCCGAUGAGGAGGCACAGGCACAACGCGAUAUCUUUAAGAAGGGAACGUUGUACAAGGGAAUAUUCCUGCCCUCGUUGACCAACAGUUUUCACAAUAAGCAACUGGAGACGUCCUACCUUCUCUACUCGAAUCGGCAGAGACAGAAGUCUCUGAUUAUGUUGAACAUCGUGGACCUCAGCCUGAAGAUCACGUUAACGGCGAUCUGGCUCUGGCAACGGGACCCGAAUAACGGAGGGCUCAUCGAGGGCUUGUCAUGGGCCGCGUGUUGCAUGGCGGCGAAUCUGCUGAUCUGCGUGCUCGGCUGGUGGCGUUGCUUUUCUAACAAUUACCUGUACUGGGCCUCGAUAUUCACUUGGUUAUUAAUAAACUCUCAAGGUUUUAUAGGUGCUGGUUUGAAUUUCAUCACGCAGCAGCGGCUCAUGUGGUACAUACUCUUCGUCGUGUACGCGCCCUACGCGAUGCUGCCGCUGCCGCUGCGAUGGUGCGUCCUCGCCGGCUACGGAACGGCGCUAACGCACAUGGUGCUGGCCGGCAUAAGUCUGUUGCAGGACUCCACAUAUCUGCGAGACGCCUUGUGCAUCGUCCGCAUGCUGACGACGAACGUGCUGCUGUACUUGGCCGUGAACCUGGCCGGCAUGUACACCAAGUACCUGACGGACCGGGGACAACGGCAGGCCUUCCUGGAGACCCAUCGUUCCACAGAGACGCGGCAGCGCACGCAGAACGAGAACAAUCGGCAGGAAAAGCUGUUGCUCUCAGUGCUGCCCGACUUUGUCGCUAAGGAAAUGAUCCGCGACAUUGCCCGCGAGACGGAACGUGGUGGGACGAUAUCGUUCACGCCGAAUCAGUUCCACCGGAUAUACAUACACCGUUAUGAGAACGUCAGCAUCCUGUUCGCCGACAUCAAGGGAUUCACGGCUUUGGCGAGUCAGUGCAGCGCCCAGGAGCUGGUGAAGGUUCUGAACGAUCUCUUCGCCCGUUUUGACAGGCUCUCGGCGGAGAAUCAUUGUCUGCGCAUAAAGCUACUCGGCGACUGUUACUACUGCAUCUCCGGCCUGCCGAUCGCCAGGAGCGAUCACGCUCACUGCUGCGUCGAGAUGGGCCUGCAUAUGAUAAAGGCCAUACGAGACGUUAGGUUCACCACGAAGGUGGAUUUGAACAUGAGGAUAGGAAUUCACAGUGGAUCCGUACUGUGUGGAGUCUUGGGCUUGCGAAAGUGGCAAUUCGACGUGUGGUCGUACGACGUGACGCUCGCGAAUCAUCUCGAGAGCGGAGGAAUACCGGGGAGGGUACACAUUUCCGCUGACACGCUCAAGUGCCUGAACGAUGUAUACGAGGUGGAGCCCGGCUACGGUUGCGAACGAGAUAAUUAUCUGAAGGACCGUAAUGUCGUGACGUAUCUCAUCAAGCAGCUAGAGCCGCUCAAGUCCAGACGAAGACAGUCGUCGAAGCCGAAGGUCUGGACGGAGGAAGAGCUGGCCGCAAACAAGAACAAGAAGAGCUUCAAAGUGAACAAUCCCCAUGCCGUGAAUAGCAACGCGCCCCCGGGCUCCGUGGACGAUGAUAUCGGGGUUGACUGGACGCCUGAAAUUCCAUUUGAAAAUCUGAAUACAGCUACGUCGGUGAGUAACUUGGAGUCCGAGCUAGAGGAUGAGAACGGCCAACCAGCCAAACCGAGCAGCAAAGCGACCUUGACGACAUCCGAUGAAAAAAAGAAAAACGCUAUCGAGACCGCCAGCAACAAACGUAUGAGAUCGGCGAACAUAAAUACAUGGACUUUACGUUAUAACGAUGAGAGCCUGGAAUCCAAGUUCGACCAGUUGCGAGAAGACAUGUUCAAAUCCAAUAUGAUGUGCUGCUUUGUCAUAUGGCUUUUUAUUGCCGUCUGUCAAGCCAUAAUCUCGUAUGAUUGCAUGAUUCUUCUAAUCUCGUUGCUGGUGACAACGGUGAUCCUGGUGGCGUCCUCGAUCCUAGUGAUGGCGGAGGAGUUCAAGAGCAUGCCGACGUAUAUGCAGCACACGUCGUCCAUGCUGGUGCACAACAAGAAGCACCGCACCAUCUUCAUCUGCGGUGUUAUCAGUCUGAUGAUGUUGACGUCCAUCAUCGGCGUGCUGACGUGCCCCAUUGCGGUACGUCGGUACAAAGAAGCAAUGGUGCUCGAGCAACAACAGGAACCGACGACAUUCGAGCCAGCGCCGCUUCCAGUACAAGAGAAGUUGACGGCGACCACGUCGAAGUCGAACCUGGAUCACUUUGUCCUUACGUUCCUAGAGGCUGCUCUGAGUGACGAGUCCACCGAGGGAGGGAAGACCGUUCCCUCGACGGAGAACAAUACUCUGGAGACGGGCUCCAGCAAUAUCGAGCUGAAGCUGACACGGGUGGUGAACGACAGGGCACCCGGAAGGAGCAGGCGGGAGUUCUUCAGAUUCUACAGGUACGAGCAGCAUUACGGAAAGCCGGAAAUCGGAAGUCGGCAUUAUAGGCGAGUCGCGCAUCAACGCGACGCCGAGGGGGAUUCUAAAAAAAAUAGUCUCCUCUCCGUCGCCGACGGGAAGACUCAAAUCCGCUCGAAACGCUACGCUCUGAGAAAUUUAGGUUUCAAUAACUUUGAGGUGGUUGGCUGCAUUCGGCCGGAGUAUAUAGUGUUUACAUGGAUCCUGUGCCUGAUCGCGCUCGCUUCAGCCCUGAAACUGUACUACUUGGUAAAGACUGCGUUAGCCGCAGCAAUCGUUCUGGUGUAUGCGGUGUUAAUACUCGUCGUGUGCAAAGAUAUGUUCACCGAAAAAGAAAAAAAUGCAUCGGCAAUAUCUCUACCGGCCCAGAUGCUGACCUUUUUGACAGUCUUCCUCGUGAUGGUGACAUACCAUGGCAGAUUGGUGGAGGUGACGUCGCGUCUGAACUUUCUGUGGAAGCAGCAGGCCGAGAGAGAGUUAAGCGACAUGAUCGAGUCGCGGCAUAAUAAUAUGCAACUCCUGAAGAACAUCCUGCCGGACCACGUGGCGCAUCACUUUCUCACGGCGGAGCGCGCGCCGGAAGAACUCUACUCGCAAUCGCGGGACAAGGUCGGCGUGAUGUUCGCCAGCGUGCCAAACUUCACGGAAUUCUAUUCCGAGGACGUGAACAAGGGAAUGGAAUGCAUUCGCUUGCUUAACGAGAUUAUCGCCGAUUUCGAUGAGUUGUUGGACGAGACGCCAUUUCAUUGCAUCGAGAAGAUAAAGACGGUCGGCGCCACUUAUAUGGCCGCGUCGGGUCUAAAUCCCAGCCAAACUGAUAAAAGCGACGAUAUGGAGCACUUGUGCAGGCUGGUAGACUACGCAGUGGCCAUGCGCCAUCGUCUCGAGGACGUGAAUGUUCACUCGUUUAAUAACUUCGAUUUGCGAGUGGGUAUAAGCUGUGGGCCUCUCGUAGGCGGCGUAAUCGGGGCUCGAAAACCAGUCUUCGACAUAUGGGGCAACACCGUGAACGAGGCUUCCAGGAUGGAUUCCACCGGAGUGAUGGGCAAGAUACAAGUGCCGCACGACAUCGCUAGGUUUCUGGAAUCGAGAGGUUAUCAGACGCAGAAACGCGGGUUAAUCGAGGUGAAGGGGAAGGGCACAAUGGAAACGUACUUUGUGUUGGGUAAAGCCACCCUGCAACAGGAAGGCACCCCUAGGCACAGGAGCACCUGUCGCAGUCUUGCCGCGGUGGUUUAUGGUGUGGUCCAGGCACGUCGUAAACAAAUGAGAAAGCAGGCGAUGCGAAGAACGUAGAUUGAGAUUCUCUGAAAGUAGUAUUCUGUUUAACUUGGUCAAGAUUGGUGUGAACACUGCCAGAUUGGUGUAAAGGUCUAAUGGUUGGGAACAAAAAAUUGUGCAGACUUAUAUUUUUGAUCGUCAAGAGUCUUUGAUGCACAUAUAUGUCAUUUAGAAAGAAUUGUUCUAAUUGUCUUUUUAAAUAAAGGAGAAUAUAUAGUAUACUGAUAGUAAAAUAACAGAUAUUAAUAGAAAAAGCGAUAAAUUUUGACACCAAUCUGACAGACAAGCGCGACAAAUAAUUGAGCAGAUAUUCAGGUCUUGAAAAGGAGUUUUGUCCAAUUUCAUUUCCGUGUCAUCUUGCCACAAAAUAUUGAAUGUACAUAUAUAGCACUAAUAAAUAAUCUUAUAUAAAUACGAGUUACAUUUUUUAAAUUUAAA